AUGACACUAUACAGCAAGUCCGAGCUAAUGGUUCCGUUUGUGUUCACUUAUGUGAAUAACUGCGAUCCGAGUUCAACAAUACGCGUCCAUGCCGAGUACACUGAGGAAAGGUACGCGAAUAAAGCCGUCGAGCGGUGUCCAAAUCAUCAGUACAAAGAUACACUUGCAGCGAGUGCAGAUGUUCGCCAGCACUUUGUACGAUGCGAGCAUGCAAGGACAACCUAUGUUGACAAGGACGGCAGCUAUUAUGUACGAAUUCCGAUGUGCGACUCAACUGGCUUCGCCUUUACAUGCUUCAGCUCGUGUUCGGGUGGAAUUAAUCGGCGUCCGCUUCAGCUAGUGUUCACGCUGGAAACAGCGUGA